AUGGGCAUGGAGCAGCCCGGUCUGAGCCCCAGUGGGGAGGAAGCCGUGGUCCUGGUUGGUGCUGGGAUGGAGAAGUCCGAGGAAGAGUUCAUUGACUGGUGGAGCAAAUUCUAUGCUUCCACAGGAGAGAGGGAAAAAUGUGGCUGCUAUCUAGAGAAGGGCUUUGACACCCUGAAGGUCUACGAGAUGGAGCUGGAGAACGUGGAGGACUUUGAGCAUCUCUCCGACUUCUGCCACACCUUCAAGCUGUAUCGGGGCCGGUCGCAGGACUCAAAUGAUGACCCCUCGGUCGUGGGGGAGUUCAAGGGUUCCUUCAAAAUUUACCCUCUCCCAGAUGACCCACGAGUCCCAGUGCCGCCUCGGCAGUUCCACCAGCUGCCGGCCAGAGGACCCCAGGAGUGUCUUGUCAGGGUCUACAUCAUCCGGGCCUUCGACCUCCAGCCCAAGGACACCAAUGGAAAGUGCGAUCCCUAUGUGAAGAUUUCGGUGGGAAAGAAAUCCAUAAAUGACCAAGAAAAUUACCUCCCCUGUACGCUGGAGCCUGUCUUUGGGAAGAUGUUCGAGUUGAGCUGCACUCUGCCCCUGGAGAAGGACUUGAAGAUCACGCUCUACGACUACGACCUCCUGUCGAAGGAUGAGAAGAUUGGGGAGACCGUCAUAGACCUGGAGAAUCGGUUCUUGUCGAAAUACGGGGCACACUGUGGCCUCCCCCAAACCUACUGCAUCUCUGGACCCAACCAGUGGCGAGACCAGCUCCGUCCUUCCCAGCUGCUUCACCUCUUCUCCCUGCAGCACAACUACAAGGCACCCACCUACAAGUCCGACCGGAUCAUCUUCAGGGAGCAUGAGUACAUCCUCUCUGAACUGGAGGAUGGCAAACCCCUCAACCCUCACCUGGGGCCGGUGGAGGAGCGUCUUGCCCUGUACGCCCUGCGGAAGCAAGGGCUGGUGCCGGAGCAUGUGGAGACCAGACCUCUGUACAGCCCUCUCCAGCCUGAAAUCGAACAGGGAAAACUACAGAUGUGGGUGGACCUGUUUCCAAAAUCCUUGGGUCAGCCUGGCCCCCCUUUCAACAUCACGCCACGCAAAGCGAAGAGGUUCUUCUUGCGCUGCAUCAUCUGGAACACCAAGGACGUCAUCCUCGAUGACCUCAGCAUCACUGGGGAGAAGAUGAGUGACAUCUAUGUCAAAGGCUGGCUGGUUGGCCACGAGGAGAACAAGCAGAAGACAGAUGUGCACUACAGGUCUAUGGGAGGAGAGGGCAACUUCAACUGGAGAUUCGUCUUCCCCUUUGACUAUCUCCCUGCUGAGCAAAUGUGUUACAUUGCAAAAAAGGUGAGCUUCCCUGGACAGAGGUUUUUCUGCCUUCUCGUAGUAACCCUGGAGUGA